AUGGAGCAACUGGCUCAACUAGUGCGCGAGGUGGAACGCAUAGUCACCGCACCUUACGUACCUUCGUUACAGGAUCUCUAUGAUCUGGUCCAGCAGAGCCAGUCUCCAACAAUUGGCGCCUGGGCAUUUUGCAAACCUUGCCAAGUUGGCUUGUUGGCUGAUGUUUUCAUCGAAGCCUUAUCACGGUCACGCGUCGCUCUGCCGCUGAUCACUGCAUUUGCAUCUACCUCGACCUUUAGGGAUGCGCUACUCGAGCGACAUCCGGUGGUUCUGGAUGUCUUUUUAGAAAAGGCCGUGGACGCUAAUGGAGCUGAGUAUUUACCGGCAUGUAUCGCAUUGUUCUCAUCGCCCUUGCCAGUGGGUGUUGUGCUACCAGCUAGAAUUGCCCCCUUCAUCACGAAGCUGGUGAGCAUGAUGGCAGAGAAUCCCUGUGUUGAGACUGUAGCACCUCUCCAAGCACUCAUCUCGGGGCUCAAAGGCUCACCAAGAAUUUUGAAUGAUAUCCCAUCCGAGGUCAUGUCCAAUCUCCAGCUGGAGUUCACCAAGACACUGCGCAACCUUGACGACCAUAUGGGCAACCUCUUGUGCCUGGCGACUUUUGCGCAGAUUGCGACCGCACUAGGCACAACAUCUCAAAACCAACACGGAUCAGAAGCCCCAUGGCUUCUUAACAUUAAGCAUUUCUUUGGCCAGAAACGGGGUCUUAAGACACUUGACUUAGUCGUCUUGCGUGUUAUACUAGCUUGCUCAUCCAGUUGCAAUAUGGCACCGCCCGAGGCGGCUGAGAGUAUUCGACUGGCCAUUUGCAUCGCUGAAGCAAUUGAACCCGAGCAGAAACAGGUUUGGAUAGCAGGUAAUAAUCCUAAGAUUGCUAAGCUUUGCGAGAAGGCUGUCAGAGACGGUCUCUAUGGUCAGACGCAAACGAUGGUAAUCGUCUUUUUGCACACACUUCUCCCGGCACAUUCGUUGCCAUCCCAGCUACGGGAACUUGGCAUAAGAGUCCUUCUGUCCAAGAACAGCCAAGAGACUAUGGAAAAGAUACCACAUCAACUGAUUCCACGCCUCGCGAAGUCCCUAGCAGAAUCCGGGGAACUUGCCACUCGGCAACUUUUGACCUUCACUUUCGAUGUCUUAAGAAGUAGUAAAUCGUCGGGUAUGAGAGAGAUGGCAACACUACACCUGGCACACUUGGUAUUGGCCGGUGUGCAAGAAGUACAUCCGGAGAUCAUGCUUUCUAGUAUCAACAACUCCAUGGUCCCUCUGAGAGAAGUUCUUGGGGAAUUGGUUAAACACUUCCCAGGACAACCAAGCGAAAGCCAAUGCAGUGAUCGAGCAUGGUGUGUAUCCGGGCUAUACACAAAGCAAAACAGGCUGUUUCUAUCUCUGCUGGGACUUUACAACAUGGCGACAGCGCAAAACGGAAGCGACAUUAUCAUGAAGUCCUUUAUGCGACGAGUGGAGCAAUCAAUGCCGAGCCUCGACUGUGCCUUCUCAACAAUAACUCCCAAAGCCUUCCGUGGCUCCCUUACAUUGCGCGACAGACAUGACCUCUCGUCGACCAAGAUAAACCGCAAUUGGCGGUCUGGGGUUACUGAGCUCUUCAUGCAGAAUGCCCAGACCUCUCACGACAGUAUGAUGAGAAAGAUCGAGGAUACGUGUUCUGACCUAGAGCGCCGCUGUUACGAUGUUGAAGGGCCCCUGCGAGCUGCCGAAGAAGAGCGGGACACAUACGCGAGUGAAAAUGAGCAACUCAAAAGGCAAAACAAAGAGUUAAACGAACAACUGAGUACCAACAAUACAGAGGCCCAGACUAAGUUACAGAACUCACACGAAUGUUUUGUUGAACUUGGCCACGAGAAGACACGCCUUGAACAGCUUCUUCAAGGUCAAUAUGCAUAUACCGAAGAGCUGACUGUGUCGCUCGCAUCUACACGUGAGGAGCUUCAGCAGCAGCAACGGAGUUCUGAGAAGGCACUUCUUGACGAAAAAGAAAAGGCCCGAUCUAAGGAAUUGGAGAUGAUGGCUACUUUAACCGGGAAAGACGAUCAACUGGAAGAGUUUCAAGAGGAGAUGUGCAGUUUGCAAAUGGAGAAUGAGCAGACACGCCAGAGUCUUGAUCAAGUCACGAGCGAAAAGGCCAAAUUAUCCGAACGCUGUAGCUCUCUGGAGCAAGAACUUGCUAGUGCUACAGAGGCAUUGAAGCAAACCAGGCUUCUUGCUGAUGAGAGAGCAGACGAAGUGACCCGUCUCCUAGCCCAGGAGGAAGAGUUGCGAAAGGAACUGGGAUCUGUGGAAACAACAGUUGCACAGCAGAACGUUGAAGUUGAGAGGCUCUAUUCUACAUUGGAAGAAUCCGAGGAAAAAUCGCGGAGUAAUAUUGAAAGGCUGAAACAUGAUCGUGAAGCCGAAGCUUCUCGGGCCACAUCUGAGAUAGCGAAGCACGAGACAGACAAUCGACGAUUGCAUGCCGCUAUGCAAGCAGCCGCUCUUGAUGCUUCUAGAGAUGCCCGAUUGAAAGACAAACGGAUCCAGCACCUGGAGAGAAAGGUGCAAGCCUUGCGAGACGAACGUGCCGCCAAGGCCCGCGAGUUCUCAGAGGCACAACAACACAUCGGUCGUCUAAUGGGCGUAAUGGGCUUCUCUGCCAAUGCCUCCGAAUCAAACGCCCCUCCAAGACACCAGCGAACCACGUCCUCUGCCAACACCACCCCAGCUGCAAGGAUCCCGCAACACAUAAGCGACGAUGAAGAUGGCACACAGCUCGCACAGUCCUUUGAGUCCAUAACCUCCAACUUCCAUGAACCUACCCCGAAACGACCAAGAGGGAAUCGCAAAUCAACAAACCUCCCGUAUAAUUUGAACACUCCCUCUGCUGCAGCUCCUAAGGCGAAAUCCCCACCGCCGGCCAGCAGCAUGUCUCGCUCGGUGAGAAAGCCACUGGCAGAGGCGGACCGCAACAGCCCGACAAAAUCUCAGUCAAGCAGUGCGUUGAAACGCAAUCAGGUGGAUGGCUCUUUCCAGGAGACGCAGGCUCAGGAGAAUAGUGAGGAAAACCGUCUUCACAAUCUGGAUUUGGAUAUGGAUCUGGAGUUUUCAAGAGACUUUCUCUUUUCCAGCACUGCUUUUACUGGGUCGACGGAUCAGAUUGCCCCGCAGUGA